UUACUGGGGCUCAGGGUUGGCAGCCUCUUUAGAGAUCACAAACCUGGGCUGAUUCUGCAUCAUUAAUGUUUUGGCCCUCAUGUUGUUUUUAGUAAGUUUUAAUUAGUUGCCAAUACUUAAAGGCCAGGACAUUUCACAUAAUAAUCGCUAUUCUUGUUUUUCUUAAAAUAUCAAGAGCUCUGGCACUCAGUUCACACGUGUAAAUGUCAGCAUGCAGCCAGAGUUGUGCAGAAGCUGUGCCCUAAAGAGUUGGCAUUGUUCCUGUUUGUCCCAUUUAGGUUUAUUUCCUGGCAUCUGUGGGCAUUUGAGUGUGGGCUGCUUAUACUUUGUUUGUUCAGUUUGCUCAUUUCAACAAAUAUGAAUGCCUAUAGGGUCCCAGGCACCAUAGUUGACCCUGAGAAUUUAGUGCUAUAGAGGGCACAGCCCUUGCCUUCACAAAACACUUAGGAUAGAGCCAAGAUAGACCAGAAAUAAGUUGUACACCACUGGUUAAUGGAAGAGGUGGCCCCUUUAGGGGUCAGGAAGGCUACCUGUAAGAGGUGAUAGAAAACUGACAGUCCAAGAGGGAAGUUAGCCAGGGGAAGGGGAGUUGGGCAGGUGUACCAAGCACAGGGAACCUUAGCUGUGAAGGUGAGAGAUAUUAGUGGAUGAGAGUAUCUGAAAGAAUCUAGUGUAUCUGGCAUGCAAGGGGGAUGUAGUAAGAGAUGAGAUCAGAGAGAAUGACAGAAGCCAGGUUAUGGGGGACCUCGUAGGUCAGGGUGAUGAGUUUAUCUGGAGGCACUGGGAAUCACUGAAGCCCCACAGUGAAGUCAGGGUUAUGUAUUAGGAUGACCACUUAAGCUAUAGCAUGGGUAAAGAUUUGGAGGACAUGAGAGGAGGUAGGAAGGCCAAUUAGGACGCCUUUGAGCCAUUCAGAUGAGAUGAGUGGGAGCAGUUGCAUUGGGGCUGGAGUUUGAGUUGUACACCCUUACCCUCAACUAGGGAAUCUGCUUGGCCAGGGACUAGUCCCCACCAGUGAGAGAUGGAAAAGAGCCAACAUAGUGGUACAUGUAAUUAAGAGUUCAGGCUCUGCAAUCAGAGAACUAGGUUUGAAUGCCAUUUCUGCCUUUCUCGGGCUGUGUGACCUUGGGCAAGUCAUAUACUCUCUGAAUCUCAAUUUCCUCAUUUGCAAAACAGGGAUAAUAACCCCUCAUAAAUAACUGAAUUAUACAAAGCACUUAGCAGUGUCCAGCCCGCCCUCCUUAAGUGUCUGAUAGUUUUAUGAUUUUGUUAUUGAGCUACCUGGGAAUGCUCUAGAAACUCCACAUGUGGCCGACUACCAACCUUGUUAUCAGACAGAAGCUUUGGCCAGUUCCCUGUCCGGCAGAAGCUUUCAGGGAGUCUAGGGGCAGAAAGUAGCUGGAUCCUCACAUUCCCCUUCUCCCUAGGUUCAGUACCAGAAGUGUCUUGUGGCCUCUGCAGCUCGAGGCAAGGCCUGGGGUGCCCAGGCCCGUGCCCGCCUGCGGCUCAAGCGGACCAGCUCCAUGGAUUCCCCAGGAGGUCCCCUGCCCCUCCCCCUGCUCAAAGGAGGGGUUGGUGGUGCAGGGGCAACCCCUCGAAAGCGGGGUGUCUUCUCUUUUCUUGAUGCCUUCCGGCUGAAACCCUCUCUGCUCCACAUGCCCUAAACUUACCUGGGAAGGCUAGGGAAGGAGGCUCUGGGUCCAUGCCUAACUCUGUACCCUUUUAUUCCUCAAGGCCUAUAGCCUGUCACCCCUUGAAGCCUUCUCUGCCUGUCCCUCUGAUCCUUGUCCACCGUCUGUUUAUUGCCCAAUUUAUUGUUUAUAUGGAUGACUGGGAGGCACUGCAACCACAAUGUAGGACCCUGGCUUCCCUUUCCUUGGGUCCUUGUGUUCCUUGCCCCUGUCCAACCCUGGACAGUUGGCUCUACCUCAGUAACACUUUCUAGCAAAAUCAGUGCAAAUAAAAAUCCCUCAGUGACCUCACUGGAUGUGAGUAUAUUGGGCCUGGGACAGGGCUGGGGGUUAACAGCCUGUGUGAGAUGAGCGUCUUUGUGUCUGUGCUUGAUGUUGGUGGCUCUCUGUAGUCACAUGACAGCAUGGGUGUGAUGGAGAUCUGACUUCAUUCAUUCAACAAACAUAUUUUCUAAGGAGUUCCCUGUGCCAGGCACUAAGCUGGGCACUGGGGAUGUAAUAAAAUAGACAAGGUCCCACCUUCUGAGACUGUCAGACAGGGAAAUGAACAAGAGUCAAAUAAGACAGAAGAUGUGAUGUAAUAUAACUAGGAAAUCUUAGAGGGUUGUAGGGUUGUGGGAGCUCAAGUAAGACACUUAAACUGGCCUGAGACAUUCCAGAAGGCUUCCUGAAGAACUGACAUCUGAGCUGAGAACUGAAGGAAGAUGAGUACUAGUUAGUGAGGCUACCGGACGUGAAUGUGGAGAUUGUGCAGGACAAUGCAGGAGGAGGCUGUAGAAGUCAACCUGGCUAGAUCACAGCGGGGCGUAUGCGGGGCAGGAGCUUCUGGUGGUUCGAACUUGCUCCUGAGAGGAUGGGGGCUCCCAGAGCGCUGGCUCCUGGACAACAACCUCCUUUGGUGCCUUGUGACCAGGGCCCUGAUGGUUCAUUAGAUGGAGCCUUCGAGUCUUAGGGAGUUGCCGCAGGGUCCCCACAGCAGCUCCCGACGGCUGUGAACGAGCACCCAUCCUCCAGGGCUCCCGGCAACCCGCCUGGCCUGGGACGCGGCUCAACUGUGAGCGGCCGUCCCGGAAAUGACGCGCUGCCCCGCUGGCCAAGCGGAAGUGGAGAUGGCUGAGCUGUACGUGAAGCCGGGCAACAAGGAGCGCGGCUGGAACGACCCGCCGCAGUUCUCAUACGGGCUGCAGACCCAGGCCAGCGGACACAGGCGCUCGCUGCUCACCAAGAGGGUCGCCGCACCCCAGGAUGGAUCCCCCAGAGUCCCUGCAUCAGAGACUUCUCCUGGGCCUCCCCCAGUGGGGCCUCCACCUCCUUCAAGUAAGGCUCCCAGGUCCCCACCUGUGGGGAGUGUUCCUGCCUCUGGUAUGGAGCCUACAAGUUUCCCAGUCGAGUCUGAGGCUCUGAUGGAGGAUGUGCUGAGACCUUUGGAACAGGCAUUGGAAGACUGCCGUGGCCACACAAGGAAGCAGGUAUGUGAUGACAUCAGCCGACGCCUGGCACUGCUGCAGGAACAGUGGGCUGGAGGAAAGUUGUCAAUACCUGUAAAGAAGAGAAUGGCUGUACUGGUGCAAGAGCUUUCAAGCCAUCGGUGGGACGCAGCAGAUGACAUCCACCGCUCACUCAUGGUUGACUAUGUGACUGAGGUCAGUCAGUGGAUGGUAGGAGUUAAAAGAUUAAUUGCAGAAAAGAGGAGUCUGUUUUCAGAAGAGGCAGCCAAUGAAGAGAAAUCUGCAGCCACAGCUGAGAACCACACCAUACCAGGCUUCCAGCAGGCUCCAUAAUCCUCGGUUCUGCAGACUCACCGGACACCAUCUCCUAUGCCUUGGAGACCUUCUCUCACUUGGCUCCCUUCUUACCACCACCAAGACUGUCCCACUGGGCCUGACCCACCUAUAAGGGAAGAGGUCCCACCUGGGUCAGAGGGAGUUCAUGUGUUACUCGUAACAUGCAUUUCAAUAAAAACAUCUCUGUGGUGGGCCUUGGGUAGGAGAGAUGAACCCUUACUGUGCCAAGCUAGUCCCCUCUGGUGUCCUCAACUGCCCUACCCCCUGUGCAUCUGCAAACGUCUGUUCUCCCUUCUCCAUUCAUCAGGAAGGGAUCUGCUGGGUACAGUCAGACUACUGCCUACCUCUUUUUCCCAAAUUAGACUGAAAGCACAUCCUGUGCUGGGUGGAGCAGCUCUGUGUUUGGAUGGUUUCAUUUCAGCAUGAGAACAGACUCAAAUAGAACGGGGAGACUUUUCCCUCAACAAAAAGAAAGACAGUCCUAUUUGCACUGUAUCACCCUUGAGGUACAGGUGUUACAGACAUUAGAACCACACUGAGUGGGGUUUUUGCUGUAUAAAUCCAAGGAGAAAAAGACCAAAUUACUGAGAUUUGGGAUUUUAACUGACAUGCCAAACAA